AUGAAACCUGAAUCCAAGAAAGAAAUUCUAGCAAAACUGAUGCAAAAAGUCCCGCUUAUACGUGAGCAUAGACUGAAAUUAGGUUAAUAUGUUAGAUACCCUAUAACAUAAAGUCCUAUGAAUGUAACUCCAAUCAUGGCUUCAAGGUAAGCAGAAACAAUCACAGAUACUUCAACUAUUUAUCAAUUAGUACCUGGAUUCAAGAUUAAUAAUUAAUCCACUUAUAGAUUACAUGGCAGUUCUGGGAGGAAGUAUCAGGAUAAAUCUUGUUCAAUAACAAAGUUUAAAACAUAGCCUUCAUUUUCUCUGAAUUCUACAAUUUCUAGGAUUUAUCUGUCUCCAAGACCAGCAAAAUCUUUGAAAUACAAAAAAUUUGUAGAAACAUCACACACAUUUAGAAAAAAUAUUCCUCGUCGAGCAAUAGUAUUGCAGUCUAACAAACAAGAUUGCUAUCAUUAACCUUCUUAAUGGAAUCUCGAAAGAUGGGACACAAAUGAUGAUAGAAAUGAAAACAAAUCAUUUAUUUUUUGA